CGGAGGAAGGCCGACUUGUGUGAUUACGUACCGUUUUUUGCUGUGCAUUUUAAAGCGACGGAUGUGACUUUCUUGCAUGGUUUACUGGACGUGGGACGAUUUCCGCCCUUUGCAAUUGUCGGUGCUGCACUGCUGGUACGGAAGCCUCGGAUCGGCGAUUUUUAUCAGUCCUGUAUAGCUGCCACCCACGUGCCUCGAGGGACAUUGUGAAUCAACCAUGCCACCGCCCUUCCGCCAGAGGCCCAUGCGCAUCUUCGUGAACGAUGACCGCCACGUCAUGGCUCGGCACUUGGCAAUCUACCCCACCCAGGAGGAACUGGAGGCUGUGCAGAACAUGGUGUCCCACACAGAGCGCGCCCUCAAAGCCGUCUCCGAUUGGCUGGACGACCAGGAACGGGUGGCCAGCAAGGCCGACAGUGGCACGGAGGGGGCCGGGAACGAGAAAGAGAGUGAAUUCAAGCCUUCAGAGCAAGCCACUCGUUCCUUGAGGGGUGUGAUGAGGGUGGGCCUGGUGGCUAAGGGCCUUUUGCUGAAGGGGGACCUGGACCUGGAGCUGGUUCUGCUCUGCAAGGACAAGCCCACCAUCUCACUCCUCAAGAAGGUUGCUGAAAAUCUCAGCGUGCAGCUCAAAAGUAUCACAGAGGACAAGUAUGAAGUCAUCCCGUGCAUCCGCGAAGCCUCCAUUGUCAUUAAGAGCACUAAAGAGCCAGCGCUAACCCUCACUGUUCACCUGACCUCGCCUGUGGUUCGAGAAGAGGUGGAGAGACAGGCUGCUGGAGAAACGCUAUCAGGCAACGCGCCGCCGGAUGUUCUGGACAGGCAGAAAUGCCUUACUGCCUUGGCGUCUCUUCGCCACGCCAAGUGGUUCCAGGCCAGGGCCAACGGGCUGAAAUCCUGCGUCAUCGUCAUUCGCAUUUUGCGGGACCUGUGCACCCGGGUCCCCACCUGGGCACCCCUCAGAGGAUGGCCAUUAGAGCUACUCUGUGAGAAAGCGAUCGGAACUGGAAAUCGGCCAAUGGGAGCAGGAGAAGCUCUUCGCAGAGUCCUAGAGUGCCUGGCGUCUGGAAUCCUAAUGGCAGAUGGUCCUGGCGUGUUGGAUCCUUGUGAGAAGGAAAUGACAGAUGCCAUCGCUCACCUUGACCGGCAGCAGAGGGAGGACAUUACACAGAGUGCACAGCAUGCCCUACGGCUAGCUGCUUUUGGUCAGCUCCACAAGGUGCUGGGAAUGGACCCAUUGCCUUCCAAGAUGCCCAGGAAGCCUAGGAGUGACACACCCAUCGACUACACAGUCCAGAUACCACCAAGCACUACCUAUGCACCCCCAGUGAAGAGGCCCAUAGAGGAAGAGGUGGGAGAGGAUGACAAGAGUCCCAACAAAAAGAAGAAGAAGUUACAAAAGAAAUCCCUGGAGGAGAAGUCCGAGCCUCCACAGGCCAUGAAUGCCUUGAUGAGGUUAAACCAGCUGAAGCCAGGCCUGCAAUACAAGCUAGUCUCGCAGACAGGCCCCGUACAUGUGCCGGUCUUCACCAUGGCUGUAGAGGUGGAUGGCAAGACUUAUGAGGCUUUGGGGCCAUCCAAGCGCACAGCCAAGCUACAUGUGGCCGUUAAGGUCCUGCAGGAUAUGGGACUGCCCACAGGAGUUGAGGUGAAGACAGCUGAGCCAGUGAAAAGUGAAGACACGACCAGUGAGGUGGACACUAAGGCACCUGCUGCUCCCAGUACAGCCACAGAUGCACCGGUGUCGACCACAGCCACUGCCACACCUGCCCCCGCCGAAACCACAGAUACCACUGAUAACUCACGGCCACAGGGCCCGAUUUUGACAAAACAUGGCAAGAACCCAGUGAUGGAGCUGAAUGAGAAGCGUCGCGGCCUGAAGUAUGAGCUCAUCUCUGAGUCAGGCGGCAGUCAUGACAAGCGCUUCGUUAUGGAGGUGGAGCUGGAUGGGCAGAAGUUCCAGGGCACCGGCUCCAACAAGAAGGUGGCGAAGGCUUAUGCCGCGCUGGCUGCCUUGGAGCAGCUCUUUCCAGAAAGUUCUGCCACAGAUGCCACUAAGAAGAAGAAACUACCUCCAAUGCAACACAAUCCUGGCUUUGGCAUGAUGGGUGGAGCUCCUGUUGAUCCAGCUGCCAAUCCCAGAGGAAGAGGAAGAGGUGGGCGUGGCAGGGGAAGGGGUAGAGGGUUCAACAAUGGCGGAGGCUAUAGUCAAGGUGGUUAUGGAAGCUAUGGAUAUGGGAACAAUGCCAGUUCAGGAUAUAAUAACUACUACAAUAAUGGUGGUGCAAACGACGGUGGGCCCGCAGGGGCAGGGGGUUCUGCAGCUGCCCCCUCCGGUGGUGGCCCUGGUGCCGGGGGCUUUGGCUCCUUCUACCAGAAUGAUGGCGGGUACUCUGCUCCGCCCCCAGCAGCCAAGCCUCCAGUCAAGAAGCCCCCCAUGCACCAGGGUGGGAAACCUUAUACUGGUCCUCCUGGAGCAGGUGGUGGAGGCCAAGGGGGUUACCCAUCCAGUGUUUCCCCAGGCCAGGGCUCCUACAAUCAGUUUGGCCAAGGAUUUGGCCAGACAAAAAAGAACUUCAAUCCAAACCAGGGUGGAAGUGGCUAUGGAAACUAUAGCACUGCCUACCCAAGUCAGGUGACUGGAGGCGGAGGCAGCCAGGACUAUGGUUAUGAAGGUUACAACAGCCAGUCCAACUUCAGCACACAAGGAGGAGCCAACCAGAGCUACCCAGGGUCCUACCACAAUCCUGGGGGUUAUGGGAGGGGAGAGCCCAAAAUGAACUACCAGUACAGAUAGGCUGAGCUUCCCUUGCCCUUCCACCUCCCUUCCACAGAAGUAUAAACUGAAAACUGUAGAUUUUGGACAUGAAAUCACCUAUUUCCUUUGGAGUACUUCCAUUUUGAUGACUGGGCAGGGUUUUAAAUUAUUUUCUUGGUAUUGUGUAUCAGUGGAGCUCCUUACCACAAUGUGGGGGCCAAAAAUGUUGCCACCACACUACAUUUAAAUAAACACACAAGGGUCAUAAUCUAAUUCCCCCCUCCCCCCACUUCUCACUUCUGUUCACCACUUUGUCAACAGUUUGAAUUCAUAGCUUCAUUACUGCACUUGCAAAAUGUCGCUCUUACACAAAACUAUAGUAUGAACUACUGCUAUAAUUGACUGAAGUUAAUGGCCAAUGGCCAUUUUUUUGGUAUGCACAUGAUCCACUGACAACUGACAUUCUACUUUAAAUUUUAUUUUCAGGCUUGCCGUUUUAAAUUUCUUGAACAUUUCAGCCAGUUUCUUUAAAAUGUAGUUCAUAUUUGAUUUGAAAUGGAUUUUAAUUCCAAGUUGUUUGAUGCUGCUUUUCAAAAUGUGGGAAUGUGUUAGUUGUGGUUUGUAACAAUAAAGGAUUUUUAUUUUGGAGGAAAGCAAAGAACCUGAGGUUUUCCUGGCAUUUUACAUACAUGGCUUUCAAAUAUGGUGCUACCCAUUUUAAACAGAAUUUUUAAGGCACGUCAUCUGAUACGUUACUGUACAUUUUAUUCAGUAAGUAAAUCUUAUGUGUUGUUAUUUGAGCUUCCUCCUCGCUGUCAUAAAGUCACAUCCGUGCUUUGUCUCCAUUGCUGAGAUCUACACUCGUAAACCUUGAGAGUGAUGAUUGUAAGUCUACCUCUUCCCAUGGUGACAGGGAAGCCAGUAGUGUAGUUUAAAGAACUGCCUGGUUGACCUCCCUCAUUUUGUCCCUAGAAUUUGCCUUAAGUGCUAUUGUGCUGCUCACACUAUUUAUGCUUUGUAUUUAAACUGUACUGAUCUCCAAGUAGCCUCCUGGAAAAGUACAAUUCUGUUGAGCUCCCUUAUUACUAAAUGUUUCCUUAUUCUUUUUCAUAAAGGGAAAUCUUUUGAAUCUUAGUUCCAACUUACUG